AUGAGUAACAAGGGAACAAGUAAAACUUCUAAGGUUGCUGCGUGGAUACUGUGGAUAGUCAACUUCAUUGUUAUGGUGACCUGCAUACUAAUAAUGACAUUGGGUUUGUGGAUAAUCUCGUCUCCUGGGUCCCUAUCAACAGUUAUAGACUUCACCGGCAAUGCCACUAUAAAGGCUCUGUUGCAAGAUAUGCUGUCACUACAAGUAGGGAUAGCAGUGACGGCGGUCGCCAUAUUUGUGUUCUGCAUCAGUUUUAUGGGGUUCUACGGAGCUAUCACCAAGUCACCAUUCUUGCUGUUUAUGUAUUCAGCACUAGUCCUCCUACUCUUAUUGUUGGAAUGCGCUCUCCUUUACUAUUUCUCAAGCAAUCUUGUAGAGAAAGGCUUACAAGAUGAUGGACUAUGGACGCACGCCAUGAGGCUUGCCUUCAAAUGCUGUGAACACAACGCUACAAUACCUGAUGUUAAGAAACCCCCUUGGUCCUGCUGUGGUCCCGAAACCUACCCUGACAAUUGCACAGCAACCAUGAUUGUCAAAAAGGAUUGCCAAUCAUCCAUAGUGAGUUGGCUGGAACGCUACCAGUUGCCAAUAUACACAUCUUUAGCAUUAAUCCACGUGAUAUUGUCGUCCUGCUCUAUCGUACGACGAUCCUGUCAUGCGUCUCGCUCUUACAGCUAGCGUUCGCUGCGGCGCG